UGUCAGUGUGACUUGGUGUGUUUAUGUGAAAAUAUGCCGCCAUGUGGAUUGCUACUGGUUGCAGUAGCACUACAGUCAUGACAGUGCAGUGGUCGACCGGUGUAGGUCUAGGCCCUGGAUCAUGCUUUACAUGCCGACGGUACACCGGUCGAGGUUGAACGACGCGGAUUCGGGUGUGGCAUCAGGUCAUGUAACAAUGAAUAGACCUAUCGUAUUUCUUGACACAUGCAGCCUUGCAGACAAUUGUAGGAACCACUCGCUAGCAUUGGAGUUGAGAAGGAUGCCGCGCGCUUCUACAGCAGCAAAGAAAGCCACGCCCACAGCUUCAACUCAGAAAGACAAGUCCAAAGAGCCUGUCGACAAGUAUGAUUUCUAUGAGGACAACCAGGAGGAAGCAGCUGGAAGCAGCAGAGAAGAUGAUGCAUCGACCGCACCCAAGGCUACCAAGAAGCGGUUUUACGAGGAAGUAGACGAAGAUGAAGAGGGUAGCCUCCCACAAACUAGCACAAAUUUUGACGGAGAGAUGCAAACUAUGCUAGAGUCUUUUGGAGCUGAUAUCAGGAAAUCCCUGGUGUCCAAGCGGAAGAAGUUGGAAAAUUUCACUCAGCAGAGCCUGAAGUCCGCUAACAUCAAGGUGGAGAAAAUCUGGAAGAUGCAGCAGACAGAGAGAAACCGUUUGCAAGAGGAAUACACCAAGCAACUGAGCAGCGUGCUAGACCAGUGGGAAACAGACGUCAACAAAGUCAAGGAACAGGAGGAAAAAAUACAGACAGUCUUCCGUCAGCAGCAGAAACUGUUUCAACAAUCUCGCAUCACGAUGUCACAGCGACUGAAGACCAUUAGGCAACUCUUUGAUCAGUACUCAAAGACGAUGAACGAGUUGGAACAGUGCCACACUGAUCAGCAGAGUCACGUCCAAGGAGAACUACGCAAGGAGAUGAGCAUGCUGCAGAAAAAGAUACUCAUGGAUACGCAAAAUCAAGAAAUGGCCAAUGUCCGAAAGUCGCUGCAGACAAUGUUCUUCUAGAAGAGCAUACCUCAUCUCACAGAAUCACCAGAUAUCCAAAUGGGCAUACAGGAUGUCUCCUGAUUUUGGAAGGAUCUGUCUGAACUGUUCGUCAGUCAAGCUGCACAGCCUCAUUCCGUCCAUGGUAAAGAACCCAAUUUCGAUCUCAGGUAGCCGGUA